AUGGCUGACCGUAUCAGAGUGGGCAACGCCGAGAUAGUAUUCGCGCUGGACAUGAUCCCGCCUGCGCGACCGCCCGACGCCUUCUUCGAGGGCGUAACCGCAGCAGACUGGGAGCCGUACAAAGACAUCCUCGAAGACGGGCAGAUACAGCUCUACUACGGCCACUUCUUUGUGCGCUCGAUGGGCAAGACUGUGAUGGUGGACACCGGCAUGGGCCCCGGUCCCCAUGCCGACCGUGGCAACGUCAGGGGCGACCUCCUGAACGCCAUCCGCGCGCAGGGCGCAAGCCCCGAGGACAUCGACAUCGUGGCGCACACCCACCUGCACGGCGACCAUGUGGGCUGGAACAUAGACCACAGCGGCGACUCGCCCAAGCCGUACUUCCCCAACGCGCGCUACCUUGUUCCGCGCCUCGACUGGGAGCACUUCACGCAGCCGGAGCACCUCGCCUACUCGCCCCAGGUCCGCGACAGCGUAAUACCUCUGGAGAAGCUAGGCCUCAUGGACCUCGUCGACGAGGGCCACCAGAUUACCGAAGAGAUGACCACACUGGACACCCCGGGCCACACCCCGGGCAUCAGCAACGUGCAGAUUCAGGAACCCGACUGGUGCGCCGGCGUAGAUACCAGCAAGCCCGACAGUCGCCGCAGCCGUCACUCCCUACUGCAGCGCGCCGAAGACGAAGACUAUGUCAUCGCAGCGGGCCACUUCCACCCCGAGCAGCACAUCGGCAAAGUCAUACGCUCCAACGGUCGUCGCUACUGGCAGGCGCUGUAA